CACAUUAGUGCUAAGAUCUAGUACAAUUUGACAAAACACAGCAAAGCAGUAAAACCUCUUCUGGGUCCCUCUUACAGAUUUCAGGAUUGAUCUCAGAAUGUUUUUCCUGUAUCAGAUGAAGCUGCUGGGUCUGAUUAGUCUCAUAUCUAUCCAGGCCACUGCAGGUCAAACCUGGAAGAUUACUGUCGAUCAAGACAUUAACGCAGAAUUGGGCUCAAAUGUGACCAUACUAUGUAGUUUCAGCAAUCCGAAAGAAUAUGAUUCUGAUGAUGUUAAAGUUUAUUGGAAAACCUUUGGGAAAACUAUUGAAAUCAAUGACAAGGACAAGAAGGCUUUUGUUUAUCACCCGAAUGAGACAUUUAUGCUUGAGAAUUACAGAGGAAGGACCAAGCUCAUCGGUGAUAUAAAGAAGAAAAACUGCUCCCUUCAGAUCCAAGAAAUCAGUCCUAAUGAUGAACCAACGAUCUAUAUGAGACUUAGCAUAAAGGGAAAUUAUAGUUUCGUUAAAAACCCUGUCAACAUUAAUGUGCCGGGGUCAGGUGUUACCCAAGCCACUAAUGACCAAGCGGUUACAAUUCUGCCAUUUACCAACUCUCUACCCCCAAGCACAAUUUUCUCCACAGUGAGCACGACCCUGGGGAAUUCACAGAUGUAUAUGGCCAUCUUCAUACCAGUUUCUGUACUUCUGGUCAUUAUUGUUAUUGCUGGAAUUGUCGGUUGCAUAAAACACAAAAGGUCAAAGUCUAUCACCAGGGAGGAAUCUGGAUAUUACGCAAAUUUUAGCAGAGCAUCAUCAAACCAAGCCCAAAGAGAAGCAUCUUGCAAAAAUCAUGAAAACAAGAAACUCUCUGAACUGAAGUCGAUCGACGAACCUGUUUACAUCAAUACUGAGGCCCUCACAGGUCAGAUGGAUCAAAGUAUGGAUCACAUAGACAAUGUAUAUGCAAAUGUGGAUUAUACAAAAUAGCACAAAAGAUGCAUCUAACAAAUCUAUUUUGACUUAAACUUAGUCUUAAAUGUAGUCUUGUUUUCUGCAAACAUGUGGUAUGGGUGGCAAUAGCAUUAUGUUAUCACAAGAAAGAAAGAAUGCAAAGCAUCUGCCAAGAGAUUUUACGCAUAUAUCAUAAAAACUGCAUCAUGCAGAACAAAGGAGAGCAGUUACAAUUAUUAUUUAUUUAUUGACUCAUGGUUGCAGAAUUAUGAGAAGACAGCCAGGUAAAGCUGUAAUAUCUUUUAGAGAUGUUUCAGACAAAAAUAUUACCUGUUAUCAGUUAUGAUAGUGUUUCUUUACCAGCACCGUAAAGACCAAACAGUUUCCUUUCAAAUGCCAGUUGACACCAUACCAUUUGUUUACUGAUUAAUCGCCAGCCCUCCCCUUAACCCAAACCAAAACAACAUUAAAUGACACACAAAAAAUCUUAAAAUAUGUAGAAAGGACAUGAAAUAGCCACGAAAGGGUCAUGCUGCAAAAUACAAAAUCCCAUGAAAUCCCUUUAAGUCUGUUAAAAACCCAUAUUGUAAAAAGGUACAUUUCCAUGUCUUUUUUAAAAUUUAUUAUAAAGCAGGUCUAAAUGCUAAAUACUGUGAAAGUAUCAAAACACUCAAUCCACAGAGAAAUGCACACAGCCUGUAUUCAAAAAAUGAGCCUUAAAACAGGCUGUUAAGACUUCUGUAAUUUAUAUAGUCCCCGCCCCCAGCUAUGCCUGAACCUUUAACAUUUCUUAUCGGAUAGUCAAUCAAAAAAAAACAAAGAGGUGCAAUACUACAAAGAUGACAUGACUGUAUUUCAUGUCUCUUUCAGUUUGGUGUCAAUGGCUGUAGACUAAUGGAAUUACAAAUAGCAGCCAUUAUGUUAUUGUAUACUACAAUAUUUAAAGUUGUAAGACAUUAAUUUACUACACUCAUUUAUUACAUGGUUUUACUAUUAAUAAUGUACAGUAUAUUAUUGCCGAGAACUGAACCAUUUUAGUUUGGUUUAGUUUAGUUACAAUAACCAUAGUUUAUUUUCCAUAAGCGCAAUCUUUCCUUAGUUGUACCAUGAAACCCUGUUCCACAGCUCACAUAAAACUCAGUCUAUCAGCGUGAUGAUAAAGGAUCCUGUAAUGUUUUUCAUGGUUGUUUUGUAUUGUUAGUAUGUUGCAGUACAAUGAGCAGUGAUGCACAAACUAUAUCAAGCAUUUAGCACAUCGGUUUUGCAAGCUGUUUGUUGCACCUCAUGACUGGUGUUCUUUUUUCUGUGGAACUUAUUCAUGUAAUCUUCCAAAUGAACCUAAAGAUAGCGGAGGGAGGGCUCAUGUUGUAUACUGUAUUUCUCAGCAUGUUUGCUAAUGAGCUUCCUGUGGUAGCUGUGCUGGGCUCCAACUUCUGUUUUCUUUUUUAAGUCAGUCUUCUAUCAAGAGAUUAAAUUAUUACUUGUAAUGGGAUGUUUAAGUUCACGGCACCAUCAAAAAUAAAGGGUUAAAAGAC